UCAUUUUGUUUGCUUAGUGGGAAAAUGUCGCAUCCCGGGAAGACCAUUUCGGAGCUAGGGCUCGAAACGCUCGACGAACGGUUCCGGGAUUCACUGAGUUUCGAGGCGAACAAGCCCGAUUUCAGAGAGCUUGAUCUGGGCUCCCCAGUCUCGCCUCUCCGAACCCGGUACGCCGGACCUGCAGGCAGUGGGCUGACCGCCACCACCACAACCACGACCAGUAGCUCCAGCUCCUCCGGAUCGGUAUCCGGACGAAAUGGGCAUAAUCCGGUUGGAAAAAGAUCCGAUUCUGGUCCCAACAACCACUCCGGCGAGCUUUCUGGCUCUGGCGAGAGCAGUCCUACGGCCGGCGACAGCAUCCGAUCCGGCGUAAAUGCUCGGAAUUUCAAAUCGCUCUACACUAGAUCCGAUUCUGGUGCGACCCAAACGAUAAAAUACCCGGGUCAGACCCAUACACAAACACAAAGCUCCGUGAAUUCACCGGCACUGAAUGUCCUUCCCACUGGCAACAUUUGCCCGUCAGGGAAGGUCCUCAAGACAGGCAUGACUCCAAACCGGAGCUCGAGAGCCGACGUUUUAGGUACCGGGUCGGGCAAUUACGGCCACGGGAGCAUAAUGCGGGGCGGUGUCGCCCCCAAAGAGCCCUCAAAUAUCAACGCCACUAAUUUGAGGUCAAGCGGUGGCGGAGACUACGGGCGGAGAUCAGUUGUAGGUGUGGAUCCGGAGGAGGUGAAGAGGGCUGGGAAUGAACAAUACAAGAGUGGUCAUUUUGGGGAGGCAUUGAACUUGUACGAUCGGGCAAUUGCGCUUUCGCCGGGCAAUGCAGCAUACCGGAGCAACCGGGCGGCAGCAUUGACGGCUUUAGGGAGGCUAGGAGAGGCGUUGACAGAGUGCGAGGAGGCGGUGAAGUUGGAUCCUAAUUAUGGGAGGGCUCACCAGCGGUUGGCAUCUCUUUUUCUUAGGUUAGGGCAGGUUGAGAAUGCCAGGAGGCACCUUUGUAUUCCAGGAGUGCAGCCAGAUCCAAUGGAGCUGCAGAAGUUGCAGACAGUGGAGAAGCACUUGAGAAAAUGCACUGAUGCUCGGAGGAUUAAUGAUUGGAAAAGUGCUCUGAGGGAAGUUGAUGCUACAAUCGCUGCUGGAGCUGACUUUUCUCCACAGCUCUUUAUGUGUAGGGCGGAGGCCCUUUUGAAGCUACAACAAAUUGAUGUUGCAGAAUCAAGCAUAUUAAAUAUUCCCAAAAUAGAACCAUGUACCCCCUCCUGCUCACAGAGUAGAUUCUUUGGGAUGCUUUCUGAGGCUUAUCUAUAUUUUGUCCGUGGUCAGAUCGAGAUGGCAUUGGGAAGGUUUGAGAAUGCUGUAGCAGCUACUGAGAAGGCUGCACAGGUUGAUCCUCGGAAUGUUGAAGUUGCAGUGCUGCAUAGCAAUGUUAGGUUGGUGGCAAGAGCUCGUGCAAGGGGCAAUGAUCUCUUUAAAUCUGAGAGGUUCACCGAAGCUUGCUCAGCAUAUGAGGAGGGUCUCAAGCUUGACCCUUCCAACUCUGUUCUUUAUUGCAAUAAGGCAGCUUGUUUGUUUAAGCUCGGGCUGUUGGAAAAAUCGGUCGAAAAUUGUGACCAAGCCUUAAGUAUUCAACCCAAUUACACAAAGGCCCUUCUUCGGAGGGCUGCCUCAAACAUCAAGUUGGAAAAGUGGGUGGAAGCAGUACGAGAUUAUGAGGUCUUGAGGAGGGAACUUCCGGAUGACAAUGAAGUUGCAGAAUCACUUUUCCAUGCUCAAGUUGCGUUGAAGAAAUCCCGUGGGGAAGAGGUUUAUAAUAUGAAGUUUGGCGGUGAAGUGGAAGAAGUUUUGGGUCUUGAGCAGUUUAGAGCUGCAAUAUCUUUACCAGGCGUGUCUGUUGUCUAUUUCAAAUCUGCCUCUGAUCUGCAAAGCAAGCAAAUAUCUCCUUUCAUGGACACACUUUGCGGCCGCUACCCUUCCAUUAAUUUCCUGAAGGUGGAUGUUGAAAAGAGCCCAGAAGUUGCAAGCACUGAGAAUGUGAGGAUUGUACCAACAUUCAAGAUUUACAAAAAUGGUAGCCGAGUUAAGGAGAUUGUGUGCCCAACUCGUGAUGUGUUGGAACACUCGGUGAGGCAUUACGGCAUUUAGAACUCAAUGUCUGUACGGUGAUGCUUCUCUGCCCAUUUUGCAUUUUCUUCUUGCUGCCCAAACCCAGGGUUUGGUGGGAAAUCCGCUACGGCCCUUUCAAUCUGUCCUCCCACCAUAAAUGGUUUACCAGAUUCCUGUGACAUAAUCAGAAACACAAAUAAUCUCAUUAGCAGCCGAUGCCAGGGGAACCCAGAGAGGUAGUAGCUUAGUUCCUUUUGCAGUUUUCAUUUAUUCAUUCAUUCCUCAUUGCUCUCUGGUUCCAUUGUUCUUCCUCCCAGUAAUUUCCAUCCUUUCCUUUUUGGAACUUCUUUUUACUUCAUUUUCAUGUAGGCCAGCCUCGGUCUUGUAUCCCCUGCCACUUUCGCUGAGACAAUGUUGAGAAGUAUGUACCAUUUAGUUAAAUUUGCUCUCUAGCUACACUUAGGGAGGGAGAGAGAGGGAGAGAGAGAGAGAGAGAGAGAGAGAGGUGACUGGCUGGCUGGUAGAAGAGGAUCUAUGUACAUGUAUAUGUGGUGAUAUAUAUACAAAGAAAUUGGAAGCCAUGAAGGAGAUUGGAUGUCCAGAGGAUUCUUGGGUUAGUGAAAGAAGGAUGAAUAUGUUGGUAUUAUAUUUUGUUUAUUGUCUUUAUAAAUCAUUUCAUGAAUAAAAAAAUUCCCAUUUUUUCCCCUACAA